AUGAAAAUUGCAACUCCAAAAAGUGAAAAGAAGAAAGCAAUGCAAGACCUUCACAAAUUGGCUAUCUUUUCACUUUGGUCAUUUUCAUCUCAUUUGUUUGAAAUUGAUCAGAAAAUAAAAAGGGUGGAAAAGAUGACACCUCUACUGUUUAUGGUUCUAGCCGUCGAAAUGGGGAUAAUCAUGAUCCUAUUGUUUCACUCACCUUUCAGAAACCUAAUCAUGAUGGGCUUGGAUCGUUUGAAGCAAGGUAGAGGACUUGUGACCUUAAGGACCGUCGCAGCCACAUUAUUCGUAGUCUUUGUGUUCAAUGUGUACGGGAUUAUUAAAACUCAAAAGCGCAUGAUGGAGGCAGGGGCAACUAAUCCAACAGAUCAAGUUCUUCAGGCCAACCAUAUUCUAGAGGCAUCGCUCAUGGGUUUCUGUUUAUUUUUGGGGCUGAUGAUCGACAGACUUCAUUACUAUGUGAAAGAAUUAUGGUUAUUAAGGAGGAGCUUGAAACCAUUAUUCGUAAUCGAUCAGAUAGGUGAUUCUGCAUCGAUUCAAACCAUCAACAAAAAUAAGUAAAACUUAUGAUAUACACAUUGAAUCAACCUUUGGUGUAAAUAUAUAUAGUUUAUUAAGUUUAAAGUUAAGAAUAAUAUUACAUUGUAAUAAUUGAUGGUUUGGACAAAUGAUAAUAAUAUUCGAAGGUCCAACUAAUCAAAUAUUGUUUUAACUAUUUAUGCUCUUCAUUAUUGAUGU